AUGAGUGCAACGUCAACGAGGAAAGGAAAUAUGGACACAUCAAACGAGGAUUCAAUGCAACCGAGUGUGGAAAAUGGAAAAGUUAUUGACGAUAAACCAAAUGAUCAAAAUCAGCAGCCAGCAAACGAGACACAAGAUGCUAAAGCGGAAGCUGUUCAGGAUACUACAAACCCAGCUUCUGCAGUGAAGCCGGAUGUUACGAUACCAACUGCAGAAGAGCGUGGAGAUGAUAAUGAUGUUAGUGAAGUUCAGGCUGAACAAGAAAAAGUAGAAAUACAUCAUUAUGAUUCCGUUUCAAAUAUAAAAUCAAACCCGGAUCAUUUCAAAUACUCUGAACAAUCCAAGGAACAAUCGCAUCGUGAUGAAUCCAGAAGUACCAAGUCCCGACAAAAGAAGCCGAAGAAGACAAUAUUCAUGUCUUAUUCGCCGGAUGCUAGCUAUAUCGAAAGGAAGUUUGUCUCAGAAAUCGUUCGACAACUGAAAGAGAAUAAUUUGGCUGAUGAUAUUUGGUUUGAUAAAGAUGAACAGAAUACCGAUAGCCCAUCAUGGUUUUCACUCAGAAUGGAGGCCAUUGAGAAAUGUCGGGCUGUAAUAUUAGUGUUGUCGGAAAGUUAUUUUACAUGCCCGGUGUCGGUGUAUGAAGGCAAAACGUUGCUAGAAAGACUGAAACAAGAACCGAACUGUGUUAAUCUGUUUCCAAUAAUGUUUACACCAAUAGAAAAUAAGGAUAUUCUGAAACAAUUUGCUCCUUUGAUGAAAAGACCGGUAGAUUUGACGAAGAAUCAUAUCAAAAAGAGUGUAGCAGAGAAAACGUCUAUAGUGAUUGGUGAAAUUAUGGAAGAAUUAGAAAAAUUCGGUUCGCUUAAUUCGAGCUCUAAUCCAAACUUUCGAGUAGACACAGAAUUUACUGGAGAAUAUCUCAAUAAAAAGAUCUGUCAAUGGACUGUGAGUGACUUACAGGAGUGGUUAUUUAAUCUGGGAAUCAAAGAGUUUUAUUUACAAAGUUUAGCAGAAAAUAUGAUCGAUGGAUUCUUACUAAUGUCUUUGACUGAUUAUGACAUGGUCAAAUAUCUAGGUAUUGACAGUCGAAUCGUUCGGAAGAAAAUCAUGCAACAGAUAUUGUCAACGUUAGACAAAGAACACAAACAGCCUGAUAACUGGCACCUGAGGGCCCGGGCACAGAGAACUAAGCCGGAUGUGGUGUAUCUUAUUUACGAUCCCGCUGAUGUACGAUUGAUACAGAAUAUCAAAACAGAUUUAAGAAGAAAAGGUUUACAGGUCAUCCAUCAUGACAGUCACAAACUUGGGAAAUCAAAGGAGGAGUUUUUAAGAAUAAAUGGACCCCAACUAGCUACUUCUUCUCAUGUAAUUGUUAUUUUAACAGAAGCAGCUACGAACUCACCCUUUGUGUACCAAGAAGUCUUAUUCGCCGAUUGGUUGGGUAAAAAACUAGUCACAGCUAUGUUUAAUAAUACUUGGAGUAACAUGCGAGCCAGUGCUAUGGCUGUAUUAGGAGACUGUCCAGCUAUUAAUUUUGAAACCAAACCUUACACCGAAAGUCUAGAUGUUUUAGAACAUCAUAUUAAACCAUUGAGGCGAGUACCAGGUGUGGUGUUAGAACAAUCAUACCUCAACAAAAUGGCAGAGGGAUUAAAACCACUAGAACAUCUUAGCAGUUCUGGAAACGGAAUUAAAGCAAUUUACAAUACACCAUCUGUAAUCCAGCCAAAAGUUUACAUAAGCUUUCAUUGGGAUAUGCAUGCGAGAGUCGAAGAGAUGAAACAAGUGUUAGAAAGAAGCGGAUUCACUUGUUGGACAGAUAUGAACCUUCCUCGAGGACACAGUAGAGGAAGUAGUCGCACCAGUAAAUCUAUUAGUCAUACUGAUAUAAGUAGUGCCAAUCUACAAGGACAAAUACAUCGCAAUAUGAAAGAAUCAUCCAUAGUGUUAUCUUGUAUAACACCUAAAUAUUUACAAAGUGAAAAUUGUAGUAAGGACUUAACACUAGCUGAGACAUUUAAUAAACCUAUAAUUCCUUUAUUAUUACGAUAUACACCUCUCGACACGGCACCAUUACAAGUCCGAAGAACAUUAUUAAGGCAUACGUGUGUUGAUCUUAGUAAUGAUAGACUAUAUAAACAGAAUAUCAAUAUUGUCUUGGACAAAAUGAAGAAAUUAAUCAGUCCCAGAUGAAUUGGGCUCCGAAAAAAAGUUUCAGAAUUUCACAUAAUGAAAAUAUGAUUGCCGUCAAUGAUGUUAUAGUGUGGAAACUGUGAUAUUAAAGCUUAAGAAAUC